AUGAUGCAGAUUACCAAACUGAGAUUGGUGAGCAGGGUAUCAACAAGCGGAGGUCAGAAGCAACGCAUCAGUGUAGCCAGGGCCAUGUAUAGCUCAAAUGAUGUCGUCCUUUUGGAUGAUCCAUUAUCAGCCCUUGAUGUGCACGUUGGUAGUCACAUGUUCUUCAAAGGUAUUCUUGAUUUCUUGAUCGAGGAAAGAAGAACUGUCGUGCUUGUCACACAUCAGGUCCAAUACUUGGAGCAUGCUGAUCAGGUGAUCUUUCUCCAAAACGGAUGUGUAGCUAGGAAAGGAACAAUGCGAGAGAUUGGUAAAUUGGAUCCUUCCCUCGUAGAGUCUUGGAAUCUAUCUCUCAAAGCGGCCAAUGAAGCAGAAUUAGAAGUCGGAUACUGCAGUUCAACAGAUGAAGAACGAGAAGUACUCAAGAAACAAAUAUCGACGAUUAAGAAAGAUCAACGUCCUCAAAAUGACGACUCUUCAAGCAAAUUGAUCGAAUCGGAGGAGAGAAAUCGUGGUUCUGUAUCUUAUCGAUACUACUGGUAUUAUUUAUGUCAGUUUGGAUUAUGUCCAGGCUUCUUCGUCUGCUUCUUUGCCAUACUUCAGAACGUGGCUCAAGCUGGAACACAAUUCUGGCUUUCUGUCUGGUCAUCGGCUGGUGCCAAGUUACCCAGCAAUGCAACAGAUGAAGAAAGCAAUGCUUUGCUGAUGAGAUAUAUCGGUGUUUACUGUGCUCUGAAUGCGGCUGAUAUGGUCCUGUGUAUGGUAUGGACAAUGAUUCUACUCUUUCAGUGUGUCCAAACCUCAAAGAAUCUACAUAAUUUAAUGCUAACUCGAGUACUGAGGGCACCAAUGAGAUUUUUUGACACGACCCCGAUUGACGAAUCAUGA